AUGGUUAUUCAGUUACAUGCUUGCACAUAUCAUCCUGGAGUUCCUGUGUUUCAUGAUGCACUAAAGGGUUGGUCGUGUUGUAAGCGACAGACAACAGCCUUCUCAGAUUUUCUUAGUAUGGUGGCCUGCACUAAGGGUCCUCAUUACAAAGAGAAGCCACUGGAACCAGUGAAACUGAAAGUGAAGAUCUCAGGAGAGAAGAAAGAGUUGGAGGAUCUGAAACCCAGGUUUGAUGAGUACAUCAUCCAGGCGCCUAAACUACUGGAGUUCAUUCAGAGACCCAGUGCUGAUGAGGCACUGGUGGAGCUGCAGCUGAAAAUCGCUCCAUCUUUAAACCAGGCAAUUUUAAACCAUUCUUUAACUUCUGAUUUCCAGAAGAGGAUGGGAAUGGUCAAAAUUGGGACGACAUGUAAAAAUGGAGGCUGCUCGAAGACUUACAAGGGACCAAAAGCCGAUGAAGAAAUGUGCUUAUAUCAUCCCGGAGUGCCUAUCUUUCAUGAGGGGAUGAAAUACUGGAGUUGCUGUAAGAGGAAGAUGUCUGAUUUCAACUAGUUCCUGUCACAGGAAGGCUGAAAUUAAAGAUCACGCCAGUGGAGGAGAGAAACGGACGGUAAGAAAGUGGCUCCCUGUAGAUUUGAUUGGCACCAGACAGGAAGUCAGGUGACCAUGUCCAUCUAUGCAAAGAACCUGAACCCUGAGCUCUGUUCUGUGAACAGUAAUCUAUUGCAACUAAAAAUCUGUCUGAUCUUCGAGGGAGAAAAAGAGUUUGAGCUAAAGAUGAAUCUGUGGGGAGUGAGUAUCAUAAACCUUAAUUAUUAUCUGCUUUGCAAUUUUACAUGCCUAACUUUUUCAUAUUUGGCACUUUUGUUCAUUUUAAGGACAGAUAAAGUAGGAUCUAUACUUGAAAGUUAAAGAAUAGUUCAUCUAAAAAUGAAAAUUCUCUCUUUAUUUAC